AUGUCUAAAGGUGUGUCUGAAGAUAUGUCUAAAGGUGUGUCUGAAGAUAUGUCUAAAGGUGUGUCUGAAGAUAUGUCUAAAGGUGUGUCUAAAGAUAUGUCUAAAGGUGUGUCUGAAGAUAUGUCUAAAGUUGUGUCUGAAGAUAUGUCUAAAGUGGCCAACUCUACUGACAAAGUCGUUCUACGACUGAAGGAGGCCAACUCUACAGACAAAGUCGUUCUACGACUGAAAGUGGCCAACUCUACAGACAAAGUCGUUCUACGACUGAAAGUGGCCAACUCUACUGACAAAGUCGUUCUACGACUGAAAGUGGCCAACUCUACUGACAAAGUCGUUCUACGACUGAAAGUGGCCAACUCUACAGACAAAGUCGUUCUACGACUGAAGGAGGCCAACUCUACUGACAAAGUCGUUCUACGACUGAAAGUGGCCAACUCUACUGACAAAGUCGUUCUACGACUGAAAGUGGCCAACUCUACAGACAAAGUCGUUCUACGACUGAAGGAGGCCAACUCUACUGACAAAGUCGUUCUACGACUGAAAGUGGCCAACUCUACUGACAAAGUCGUUCUACGACUGAAAGUGGCCAACUCUACUGACAAAGUCGUUCUACGACUGAAAGUGGCCAACUCUACUGACAAAGUCGUUCUACGACUGAAAGUGGCCAACUCUACUGACACAAUCGUUCAACAUCCCCCCCCCUCUACCAACAAAGUGCACCUCGUUCUGUGA